AUGCCACAGAAAACUAAGAAGGCCAAGGCUCAAAAGAAACCUAAGAAGGAAGAAAAGAAGGUCAAAAAGAAAAUCAAAGCAAAAGAUGCUCUUAAAGAGCCUGAAGAGAAGAAAGAGAAAAAGAAAGUUGAGAAAAAAGAAAGCAAGAUGAAGCUUAAAUAAAAUUAAGUAUAAGAAACCCAAAGUAAAAAUCGACCCCGAAAUAUCCGCCUUCUACAGCUCAGGCCCACCCACAAAUCCAUUCAAUAUCAGCCACCAAAUAUUUGAAGAAAUCUACUCUAAGGUGACCCAAGCUAUUGAUGAUAUUGCUAUAAGUGAGAAGGUGGAUGUGUACUCGGUGGACCAGAUUUGUCAGGAUUUGAAGGUGGUAUUGGGUAGAUGUGUUGGGUGUAAGGAUAAUGGGGAUGUGACUGAGGAGAUGAGAAGAGGAUAUGAAGAGGAUAUUGAGCCAGAGUCUCCUGGAUUAGACAAGUUUUCAAAAGAGGCUAUUAAGGUUGAAAAGAAGCUCAUUGUGUUGAAAAAGAAGAAAAAUCAUUAUUUUAAUAUUACUCAAGAGGUUGAUGAGAAAUCUCUCCCGAAUGUGGAGAAGAGGUUGAGUAAUAUGGGGUUCAGAUCUUUGAAUACAUUUGCACCUAGGCUUUCAAAAGCAGAAAAGAAGAAAGGUUCUAACACUCAACUCUCUUCUUCAAUAGCAACAGAGUCUCCCGAUAAUUCCAACUCACACAGUUCGAAAAAGUGGCCUAAGCGUCCAAAACAGAUGCCUAUUCCUGACUUCAUUGAGCCUGAAGAGAUUGAUGAUGAAUGGGCUAGACAAGAAUUUGAAAGGAAACAAAACAUCAAAAUUCAGCUUGAAAAGAAACAGAAAGAUAACCAGAGACGACUCAAAAAGAGAAGAAGGCUUAUCAACAAAGCAAAUAAAGAGCAGGAGUCUGAAAACUUAGAGAAAGUCACUACAGAUUCCAAAGGCAAUGUCUUACUUAAAAGAAUGCUUAAUGUAGAUAUGCUUGCUCCUAAAGGCUCAGCAAGAAUGGUUCACUACAAAGUUGAUAAAGAGAUGAGUGUGGGGAGGAACAUUUAUAAAGGAGUUUUCGACACCAUUAAGAACAAGUUUCAAUCAGAGACCUCUAUUAACAGCCAUAGGCAGAUACAGAACUACAAGUCACUAUCACGGACCAGGAAUGAUGGCAAAAAUAAUGAAAGAAUUUUAGACGUGUAUAUGCUAAAGAAGCCUAAAGAAAUGACAAAUAAAUAUAACUCUUUCGUUGAUAGAGAAGCUAUGUGCGAAAGUCUUUACCAAGGUGUCACUCUGAGAUCGAGAAAGGGAACUUUAGAAAAAUCUGCUAUUCCAUCCAAGAAAACACCACAAAAUAAUUUCAUGGGUAAAAGACUCAGUAGGGAUGAAUACAAGGAUAUCUCUGCUCAGGAAACCAAAAAUUAUAAAGAUAAUAGACUGAAGGAUUAUCAUAAUAACUCUGUGAGGCUCCAAGAGAGCAUUGAGAAGGAAGAAAGCAGAUUCACCCCAAGAAAGGAGGUUCUGAAUCAUUCUAAUAGUGAUAUCUCACCGAAAAAUAGGCAUUAUAUUAGUAUGGCAGAUCAGGGAGCUAACUUAAGCAUGCCAGAAUCAACUCCUAGGUUUACAGAAAACCAUAAAUAUUCCAACAGGAUGUCUAUGAAUAAAUACAGUUUGAACUUCAGAAUGGGUAAAAACAGAAUGAUUCAUAAUAACCAGCACUCUGUAAGCAUGGUAGUCGGAGAUGAAGAGGAUAACUACGAACUUAAGAAAUCUAAUCCAAUGAUACUUCCUCUCGAGGAUCUGAACUUGACCUCCCUCUCUAUUGCUAAUGUAGGAAGAUAUGCAUUUACUGCUAAAAACUCUGUAACUACAAGGAAGCCUCCAUUUUUGCCAAGAUUGAAAAACUUCAAAAGAGUUGUUGAUAAAGUCGAUAUAAACCCCAGUCCAAAUACUUCAAUUGAAGUGAAGUCUUCUGACAAGAAGCACCCGCUUCAAAGUUUCAGGUUUCUGAACCGAAACAAAGAUGUAAAGACUAAUAUGAACUCCUUGCGCGUUUCCAGGAAAUACUAGUCAGCUGAUUUCUGUAAAGAGUUAUUAAGUUUUUGAAAAUAUGAAGAAAUUCA